UACAAAUAACUUGAUUACAAAGUUUAGCACUUACGGUAUCGGAGUUUAAGGCGUCAUAUCGUGGACGUUGAUGCAAAUUGUCUAUCAAGUGCACGUGCGAGUCGGUCAUGCACGCUUGACUUGUUGCAUAACAUGUAAACGAGGCAUAAGAUGAAGCGACAAUUGGUCACGGAUGUUUUCAAGGGGAGAAUUAUUGCGCAUUGGAUACCAGAAGAUUAAUAAAAAAUAAACGGAAAAUCCAUACCAAAGCAAUACCAUAAAAAAUAUAUUCAGAAGAAAAUUACUGAAGCGAUCUCGAAUCGAUCGAUAUCGAAAUACAUCUCGAAGCAAAUUAAGUUUAAAGCGACCCACCAUACGAGAAAAGUUGUCCGUCAAAUUUGAAUCAAGUGUAUUUUAAAUAGAGUUGAAUUCGUAUUGUUAUAAAAUCAAACAAAACAGAACAAAAUGAACUCUGUUCAAUUUAAUUUUGGUUCAAAUUUCAUUGGAGGUAUUUUGUACUAGUAUUAGGACUUUAACCCCAAGAGAUUAAAACCAACCAGAAGGGAGAGUCGCUGUGGAUGGCUUACCAAUGCCUUAAAAAUAUAGGACAACGGACAGUUUUCUAUAGUUUGACGGGGUCAACUUUAUUAUACUUUUAAAUGAAAAUGUUUGAGUGAACUUUUAGCGAUAAGUUUGCAAAUCAUCAUUAUCCACCAUGCGUUGGUCCUAUCCUACGAUGUGAAGUACCGCCGCCACUUCGUUAUAAUUAUAUCUUGCACAACUUGAAAAUAGUAACUAUAUAUGCUGUCGCUGCUGACAUUAUGUUUGUCAUCGAUUUAUUAACUGUUAAAAUCAAAACAUUACCAAGAACAUAUGCUGAAGUUAUGCUCUGUAAUAUAACCGCUGAUCAGCUAUUACUUAUACCGGCAUCUAACUCAUCUCUAUCGCAUGCAUUAUAGUUUACGUACAGUUUUAUGCGGAGGAAGAUCGGCGCGUGGGCCGUAAUGUUCUACCUCGUUAUGAUUAAGCGGAUAAUUUCGGUUGCUAUCUGUGAAGUAUGACACAGAUUAGAAGCGAGGGGCCUCUCUGAACUUGUAGACAAUGCACAUGUAUUUUGCCGUAAUAGUUUUUUGAAUUAGGUGUAUGAAUUUAUUAUACAUGAGAUGAACUUUGAAAAGAAUGGGAUCAAGGUAUUUAUUUGUAUUAUACUGACUAUAAUAGUCCAGGGGGAGACCUUUUACAGUUAUUAUAGAUGAAGCAGAAUAGGAAAUCCAGUUUUAAAAUGGCUCACUUAACCCUUGUUUUAAGGCAGGAUCUGGCCAUAGUUAAUACUUUAAUGGUUUUGUUACCGAUAUAAAUUGAAAAGGUGAUACCUAUUUAAUUAAAUAUUAUAUUUAAAAGUAGGUAAUCUACUUAAGACAGACGGACAUAAAUGGCAUAAAAAUGUUUUCAUUAGCUUUUUUUUCCAAUUCUGCAAAGAUAUUUAAAAAAUAAAUGUCUAAUACCCGCUGUGUAAUUAUAGAGCAUAAUCGUUUACCGUCAUCUAAUAGGUCGUAAAGCGUAUGUUUUUUAACAUAUGACAGCAUCAGUUAACUUUUUAUAUUGAACUCUAUCCAAAAAUACGAGCGAGUUUCGCGAGUUCGUAAAUCACGCGAUAGCGUGGAGAAAGCUAAAACGGUCAGAACUGUUCUAUCAGGUUAGCCACUUGUUAUGUUUUUCUAGAGACUAGUUACCUAUUUUAUUGGUUUGUGGUAUCAUGAAGUUCGUCAUACGUACAACUUCCUAUUUUAGUCUGCGAUCUCUAAGUUGUACUCGUACCUUGCCAGUGACGAUUUUCUAGGACAAGAGUGACACAGUCGGGCUGAUGAAUAUCCUACGCCAGGUGAAUUAGACCUUCUCCUUACUUUCAACCAACUUUUCCUGAAAUAAAGCAUUGCGUUCUUUAAGGAGCAAUUGAACAAGUUGUCAGUUUUAUAACAAUACGCCUGUGAUAUCUUUAUUUAUUAAUUUAUUUUUAUUAGCCCGAUAUAGUGUCCCCACUGCUGAGCGAAGGCCUCUCCCCUUGAUUUCCACAGCUCCCGAUGAUAUCUUUAAACCUAAUGUUUUUUUUCAUAAUUCUUUAAGCAUAAUUAAUUGCCAUUGUCACCAUCAUGAUAUCUAGUAAACAAAAAGGUAUUAUAUUCGAAUUUCGGUGACGUUAUAAGUCGUCUUGAAGUUAUAAUUAAGUAGAAAUAAAGAAACCUGUUGUGCACAAUCAGUGACCCCCUUCCUUAAGCCUUGGAAAGUUAUUUCUAUAUAUCCACAUAAUUUUGUUUUACCUCAAGUAACCUGUCUCUAUCCUUUUUGAAACAUAGUAACACCACGGUAUAGAUAAAUUAAUUUUAUAUCUGUUGAGAGUCGUGCGCGCACAGUGCCUCCGGGCAGUGCCGGCGUGAGAACCGCUCGUGCCUCUAAUGCAGCCCACAUCUAGCUUGUCAACGGGUGUCAGAGCUUUGAGGGUCCAUCGUGUGUUGUAACAUUGGGGACGGUACCAUGCGCCGAGUUUGUGAAUAAUCAUUAAGAGCCCUUACAGAUAAAAAGUCUUAACGUACAUAUAAUAAUACAAUACAAUCAAACGCAAUCAAACAUACGUAUAAUGCAAUCGGCCAAAUAGUGUAAUCUCUCGGUUAGGCAAGAUGGGGAACAGGGGUUGAAAAACAACAACGAUACUUGCACAUCUUUGCAUCGGAUCAGAGAACGAAAGUUAGAAAUGUAAUCGUGUUUCCGGAGGCAUGUCUAAAAUGUCUGUCAAUGUCAUCAUAGUCUAGAAGAGAGAGCAAAAGAGAACGGGUAAAAGACCGAUUGGACUAAAUAUGGAGGAAUAAUUCCACAGCGGUUGAAGAGAGUGGAUGGAUCCAAAACUUCACCAAAGUGGAUAAACUAAGAAAGCGUCUGAUUCAUGAUGAUAUCCAAUUUUAGGACAGUAGAGGAAAACGAUAGCAGUCCUAUCAAACAAAAUUUUAGGUACCAGCAUGUGAGAGCCUACAUAGUAAGGGCCACCAAUGACAAUCUCCUGUGACGAACAUUAAUCUUCAAACCAAAUUUGCACAUCCAAUCUCGUAUGGAUUCCAAAUCAGAAUUGAUCUGAGUACCUAAUCAUUGAGUGAAGAUCGUUUAUACUUAGUCGCUGCAUAUAGGUCGUCCAGCAAAGAUGGUAUAAUAACGUAAGUGAUUUAUACCAUUAAUAAAAUUUGAGAAAAGCCGUGAAGAAAGUACACCUCCUUGCGGGACGCCAAGAGUCACACACACACACACACACAGAAUAUCAUGAAUCUAGGAAACCUUUCUAAGGGUUGAAACAUUUUAAGAGUUGAAGCUACUACGUACUGAAAUCUAGAAGAACUAAGACAGUUAGCUAAAAAGUACAGCACCAAAGUAGUUAAUACAUAUACUAGCCGUUUCAAAACAGUACAUACCUUCUGUUUGCUUUUCUGCGUUAAUAAGUUCGUAGUGUUGACAAUCUAUCGCGCGACAUACCUACUACCUGUAAGAUGAGAUCAAAACCGAAAACACGCAAGUUGAGUUUGGAUGUAUUUUAAGCUAAUAAGCAUUUGGAUAAAAACGAAUGAGAGAUAUGCGAGAAUUAUAGACGUAAUUAUACAUAGUGCUGAGGAUAUUGUAUAAGCCAAGGAAUAGACACAAAUUAAACGUUUCCCCGUUUCCCAUGCCAAUUGUUGCAAUUGUCACGCUCUAUUGGAGCAUGGGUCCUUUUGUUUCUGUUUACGGCCCGUGACACCAUUGGCACAACUACAGCAAUUCAAUUGCUAAAUGCCUUAGAUACUAUUCAGUAGAUGUACUUAUAGAUAUACACUACUUGUAGAUACUAAAUAGACACUCGAAUAAAGACAACAAAAUAACUUCAAAUCUAUUUUAUACCUUAAAAUUUUUAAUUUAUUUCUGAGUGUGACUCUUUAAUGUGCGUGCAGUUAAAAAAAACAAAGAGGAGAUUUGCAUUUUAGUUCAACUAGCUCCACAUUCAUUUUACCAGAAUCAUACUUGUAUUUUAAAUUUUAUUUAGGUAUUCCGUAAAUCCCUGUGCCCCAAUCCGAAUAAGUAUGGAAAUGCAAAGGUAUAUAUUUUUUUAGCAUUUUUUUUUAAUUUCUGGCGAUUUGGAUAUGAUAUGGGUAAAGGCUUCUUUUCGGAUCGCUGAUAUUCUUAUUUGUAUAUAUCUACUAGUGUUGAUAAUCAAGGCUCAAGGUGCGGUAGGUCACCGCCUGCCUUGUGCAAUUAAUCCUUAUUGCAUUACAAAAUGCAAAUUUCACGCGAUAUACUAUCAACUUAGCUGCAGCCAAUCGGGCACAAAACACAUGUCUCGAUAAUUGGUCAAACAUAAUAAACAAGCUUUGAGCAAAUAAUGUUGUUUGUUUUGGACUGCAUCCGUGCCUUUUACUGCGUUAUUCUAAACGUUGUUUUUUUUGUCAGAAUAAAAAAUAGACUUAAGAAAUUAUAUUUAAAUAUUUUUUAUGAAAUUUGUAAAUACAACUUGUAAAUAAUCUAUUUAUCUAUCUUUACAAUUAAGAACAGCCAUUGCAGGCAUGAUUACUCCAAUUUCCAAAACAUGUUAAUAAAGGAAUACAAACCAUCCCUUAGAAACUCUAAGCAAACAUAAACCUGACUGGUAUUUAUUUGGGUAGAGUCCACUUUUGUGUCAGAGUAUGUUUCGAGUAUUUAUGGCACUAUUAAUUUUAAUGCCUACAUCCAUCGCUCAAGCAUAAAACUUUACCCUAAAUGAGUGACUUAUAUGAUAUCUUUGGAUUAUGAAAUUUAUGAAUGUAUUUUUAACUUUUCAUAAACUUGUUUAUUAACUAGAUAAACGUGUACCUACUUGUGCAGUUAAAUAUUUUUGGACAGUAGGUUAAUAACUAAAUAUGUAGUUACUUUCUUACCAAUAAAUUAUUAAUUAGACUUUAAUACGAAUAAUUUGAUGCUUGCAGCUGAUUGAAUUCUUGUUGUUAUUUCAACGACCAUUGUUACAUAAAAUAGGGCUGACCGAGACGAUGGCCUACAAUCAUUGUUUUCCCAUACGCAGGUACGGGACGAUUCCAUUUGGAAUCUCAUUACACAUGAAAGGGUUACAACAAAUCUGGCGCAACGCGCUCUCAUGGACGUGUCUGUCGUUAGGGCAGCGUGAGGUGACCAUUACUGCGUACAAAGAGUUACCUAAAAUAGAGAGCUUUUGUGAGGCGGGAGGAGGCGAGGGGAGGGGGCGGGGCGGUCGCCGGCUGCCCGCCGGCUCAGUCGCGCCGCGUCAUACGACCGCCUCGCACGCUCGCGCGCUUCAGAACGACGCACGCGCACGCGACACCCUCCGCGCCCCUCCCGCGAACACGUGCAUUCACAACCCACCGAUGUUUUUUGACUAACAAUCAUGCAAGAGCAAAGUUCGUCGCGUUCAAGCAAAUCUACCUUGAACUCACUCGAAAGCGCAAUCCUCAAGCUCAAGAACAAUCUUCAGAUACAAGACACCAAGAGCUCCUCAGACAUGAACAGCGUUAUAACCGUCGACCCGCCAUCACCCCGGCCGGAUACGAAAAGCAACACAAGUAAGAGCCCUAGUACAACGACAACUACGAAUCUGAACUUAUCAAUUGCAUCAGCGGCGUUGUUACAAGAAAAUAUGCUACAAAGAUCUCUGCAAGGUGUUGUACUAUCCUUGCAAAACGCCAUGAUGAAUUCAUUACAACAAGCUGCUUUGCUGCCUUCGAACUCCGCAGCUGCCGCCGCUUUAAAUUUACAAGCAUUGGAAUCUUAUUUGACUUUACAACGUUUAACAUCAGUAUCAUCUGUAAGUAGCACAAUUCAGGCUAAUACUUCUGAAAACAAUUCGACGUCCAAGCAGGAUAUAUUGAGGAUAGCGACGGCAAGCGCAAAGAUAAGCGAAAUAGACGCUACUGAAAAUACAUCUCGGGAUUUUUCCCCAAAAACACCUGAAGACUAUCAACUAUCUGAUGCUAUAGCUGCUGAAGAUGUAGACUUAUCAGAAGAAGUGGAAGAAGAUUUGGCUUUAUUAGAUAACGAAGAUGACUUCACAUUAGAACAACAUUUGGAAUCGACAUCAAAAAGUUAUGCCUAUGGAUCGUCGAGCUUAGACAAUGGGUAUCCAAGCCUUUUAAUGAAUUCUAUGUAUCAACAACAAAUGAAUGGAAGUCCGUCUCAGGCACCUUUGUCACCGCAAGCAUCAAACACAUCUAGCUCCAAAUCAACGAAUAGCUCAACAUCUUCAACGGGUAGCAAUAUAUCAACUAAGCAGAAAACGACUGGAAGCGGACCUAGGAUAAAAAAGCAGUUUAUUUGCAAAUUUUGCAAUCGACAAUUUACGAAAUCAUAUAAUUUGUUGAUACAUGAAAGAACUCAUACGGAUGAGCGGCCAUAUUCCUGUGAUAUAUGCGGCAAAGCUUUCCGACGGCAAGAUCACCUUAGAGAUCACAGGUACAUACACUCGAAGGAAAAGCCGUUUAAAUGUCUGGAAUGCGGAAAAGGUUUCUGCCAGUCCCGAACACUAGCCGUCCAUAAAAUUUUACAUAUGGAGGAAUCGCCUCACAAGUGUCCAGUUUGCAGCAGAAGUUUUAAUCAACGAUCGAAUUUAAAGACACACCUUCUCACUCACACAGACAUAAAACCUUACAACUGCUCUUCAUGUGGGAAGGUGUUCAGGAGGAACUGCGAUUUGAGACGCCACAGCUUGACGCACAACCUCGUUGGAAUCUCUUCCGUAGCUACUUCACCUAAUGGCAGCAAUGGCAAGAGUCCUAUCUUAAAUCCAAACUUUCCAAUUGAUGCUCUUGACACUGAAGAUGAAAACUAAACAGCUGUUAGUGAUAUAAUUAAAGACUUAAAUGAUAUUGUUUAGUAAAAGUAAAAGACUGAAAAGUGCAUCAUAAUUAAGUGCCUUAUAUGUAUAUAUCUGUUUUUACCUAAUCUAUGUGAAUAAGAUUUUCUGCAUUUACUUAGUUUUUCUAUAAUAUUGUUAUUUUAUGUUUGGGACAUCGCGCUAGUGCUUGGAAAAAUUGUUUGGAUCUUUUAGUAUUACCAUUUUCGACUGUAACAUUCUGUAAAUUAUCUGAUCUCAUUUAUGUUUGUAAAUAGUAUUAAGAUUGACUUAUUGAAAAUUAAAACCUUUGCCGUCCUCUAGCUUUUAAGAAAUCGUAGUGAAUUUUAUGUAAGUAGUUAUGAAAUUAAGUUAUUGUUCUUAAUGCAAAUAAAAGCAUAACUGUAUUUUUUUCUUAUAAUGACUAAUUGUACAUAUUGUUUUUUAGGUCAGUUUUUGUUUUGAUACAAUCAUUCCAAUCCAAUAUAGUACAUUCCUACAAUAAGUAUUGUAUCAAACUAAGUCUUCCGCCACUAGCUUCAUCCAAAAUGUUUUCAAAUAUUAUGGAUAUAAUCUGUACAAAUUUUGCAUGGAAUUGAUAAGGGAAAUUAUUAUUAAUGUAAAUAAAAUCGAUAAUUUUGAUUA